AUGUUGGACGUCCGCCAUGAUCACUCUCAUGUUGCAACACUUUCGAACGAAUCGAUCUCCCCACUUGCACCUUUCUCUGCUCUCAUCAUCACAAUCAGCGCUGUCAUUAUUUUCCUGAUACGACUAUAUGUUCUCGAGUCAUGGCUUCUUCCUCGACUCUACGGGUCCAAGUACACCGACCUGAGCGACACGAAUCGUCGAAGCUUUGUCAAUCACCAUGUUGCCGGUGGAACCAAGCUGGUUCUCUUGUUUUCCGGUGCAUACCCCUUCAUUUCCAUGGCGUUUGGCCACGGAACUCCGCAUUCACCAUUUGGCCCAAGUCACCUAACAACAUUGGGCGAUGUCGCGAUGGUUUGUUCGCAAAUAUUCACAGUCAUGUACAUCUUCGAACUCUUCUAUAGGACAGCUAUCUCGCCGAUCAGUGCAGCACAUCACAUCGGCGCCAUUGUGAUCGCGCAGACUGCGGUUGCUCUGACUCUAGGGUACGCUCACGACCGAGAUGCUACAGAUGAAUUUAUUCUCUGUCUCGUUUGGGGUGCAUUCGAUGUUGUUGCCGAGUUUUAUCCUCAUGUGGCUAUGAUCAUCUACCGAGUCCGCCACGACGACCACCUUUUGCUCGAGAGGAUCUUCAAGGUGACAUGCGGGUUGGAAGUGGCUGGGACAGUCAUCGAGACCGCUGUUGUGAUGUGGCUCUUUGGGAGUCUCUGGUCAAAAUGGAGGCUUGCCUUCAAAGUGGUGACGCCUGUACUGCACGUACUUUUCAGCCUGGCGCAGAUAUGGGGGGCUGUCAUUUUCAACCGUCUCCGGCUACGAGAGAAAGAGAAAAGAAAGUCCGCGUUGGUGUGA